UGUUUCUCUCAGCUGCCUGCUGGUCUGGUUGCUGUUGGUAACUUUGCUUGAUGAGAUCAGAGGGGAUCGGCUUUCAGCCCUUCAUGUCUCCCUCCUCUCUGCUCUCUCUCUCUCUCUUUCUCUUUCUCUCUCGGAAAGACUGAAGUGGAACUGAAACUGGAGUGGGGCUGAAAGUCUGUUCGGCGCUGUAGUUGUCAGCGGAGAACGUCGUGACGGCGCUGCCUUGGAAACCCUCUUCAGAGUUGGAGCUCGAGUGUGUUGGGGGGGAGGUGAGGUGGCGAGGAAGAAGAAGUGAUAGCCUCGGGACAGAUAAGCUCCAGGGAAGGGAAAGAGGGAGGGAACAAGGGAAGGGUGCAGGAGGCAGAGGUGGGCAGCUCUCUCUUUCUCUCUUUCUCUCUCUCUCAGUCAGACUUGCCGGCUGCUGGUUUCCUCUCCUCCUGUCUUCUCUCUUUGCCAGUGGCUGGCCGGAGGAGUUCUUUCUUUUCAUUUUUGGCUGGAUUUGGACAUGGACUGAACAGCUACAAGCAGCGAGACAUGAGAAGAGUCACUGGAGAUUCACUGAGUGGCAGCAGCUCUGUCUUUCUGAAGACAUUUGUGGCAUGAAACCAGAUCGCAUACGUCUUUCAUUCAUCACCUCCUCCUCCUUCAUCUCCCUCUACCACUCUCCAGUCAGGAACUUCCGCUCCACCGCAUUGAUGAGGUAACGUCAAGCUCUACGCAGCGCAGCACCCACCUGCACAAACACCACCCUUCCCUUCCCCUCCUGCCAUCAGCCUUUCCAUCGCAGCCAUGGGGCAGAAGAUCUCUGGCGGCAUCAAAUCGGUAGAUGGUCGCGGGGAAAGCGGCGGCUCCCCGUCGUACCGGCCUUCGGCGCACCGCCGGCAGCACCCAGAACUGAGGGGCCCGGAUUUCUCCAAACCACCCAGACUGGAUCUCCUACUGGACAUGCCGUGUGCUGGACUGGAGACGCAGCUCCGUCAUGCGUGGAACCCCGAUGACCGCUCGCUCAAUAUCUUCAUAAAAGACGAUGACAAACUGACAUUUCACCGCCACCCGGUCGCUCAGAGCACGGACUGCAUCCGGGGAAGCGUCGGAUACACGAGGGGUCUCCACGUGUGGAAGAUCCACUGGCCCUCCCGGCAGCGUGGCACCCACGCUGUGGUCGGGGUGGCGACCUCAGAAGCUGCUUUACAUUCUGUUGGCUACACGGCGCUGGUGGGGUCGGACUGUGAAUCCUGGGGCUGGGAUCUGGGACGCAACAGGCUCUACCACGACAGCAAGAACAGGGCCCACAGCGUGCUGCCCUCUUACCCUUGUUUCCUGGAGCCGGAGGAGUCGUUCACCCUGCCGGACUCUCUGCUAGUGAUUCUGGACAUGGACGAAGGGACGCUGAGCUUCAUGGUGGAUGGACAGUAUCUAGGAGUCGCGUUUAGAGGACUGAAAGGCAAGAAGCUGUAUCCUGUCGUCAGCGCUGUGUGGGGUCAUUGUGAGAUAGCAAUGAAGUACAUCAACGGCUUGGAUCCCGAGCCUCUUCCUCUCAUGGACCUGUGCCGGCGUGCAGCCCGCCUGGCGUUGGGUCGGGAGCGGCUUCAGGAGAUUGAAAGCCUCCCUCUGCCCCAGUCCCUGAAAAAUUACCUCCAAUACCAGUGACUGACACCAGCAGAGCCAACUGGGAGUACAAGGACACAAACCAGACCACCAGAAAGUCAAAGAAAUGAAUGAAAGGAUGCAAAGAGGGGAUGACGGAUGGAAGCAUGUCCACACUGAGAGCACCAUAGCUCUACAAAAGAUGGAUUUAUAAAAGGAUGGAGUGAAAGAUGGUGGAUGAACUGACAACAGGAGGUCCAGGCUUUCAAACAAAGACAGCACCAGCUUCUUUUGGAUUCCGAGCUGCUUUUCUCAUUUGUUUUUGACUUGAAAUAAAUUAUUGAUGAUGGUAUCCCAUCAGCGUCUCACUCAUCCAGAAAGAAAACCCAUCCGGUGUGGUUAAGAGGUGACCGUGUUCAGAUGACCACCGCCACCUAGUGAUGAGAAUGAAAACUGCGCUGAGAAAGCACACUAAUCCUAUCCCUGGAGGCCUUUCUGACAUGCAGUCAGUGACCAUAUCAUUGCUGUUGGGUACCAUAGUCUGUAUUCAUGGUCUCCACUGUUUCAGGUGACAGGCUGCAGAGCCCUGAUGUCCAAGAGGAUUUUAGCACUAAUGUUUUUAUCUAAUUGACUCGGGGCCCGACCAAAAGCUCACAUCGCAUAUUGAGUAGAUCAAAAACAUGGCUGCAAGGUGUAUGCAAAGUUUAGAAAAAAUAGAUAAGCAUGCGUAACUUUUCAUUUGGUGGGAGCUAAGCCCUUUUCAGACAUGGAGAAUGAUGAUAUGAAGGAAGAAAAGUGAAUCAGUGAUGGAUUUUAAAAAUGUAUUUUGCUGUUUAAGUCUUAAGUAAUGACCAAUGUCAGCGUGAGAAAAGCUCGCCAGUUCCCAACUUCCCAUUCAUCAAUUAGUUUAUUUUAUAACAUUUAUUUUAUUCUGCUGCAUAUUUUAUACUAUAAUGGCCAAGUACAGAAUGACAAGACGUUAAAUUGGGUCUCUCGUUUGCUUAUACAGGAUAUUUAUCAUUUCAUCCAUGCAGUUAAGUGCAAGCAGAAAAAUUAAGGAGGGUCUGAUGACUAUUGAUAAUGUUUGACGUAUUUUUCUUUCUGCACCAAGCUGCAUGGGGAGAUAAAAAUCAUUUUUAUAAUCGGACAGGACAAAAAUCUCAACAACUUAAAAUUGCCUCAUUUACAGUGUUCAUUAAAAAAUAUAUAAUUAUGUGGUAAACUGUUACAGUGCUCCUAAAAUUCCUGAAAACUUGGCCUCAAAUCUUAAUUAUUUCUCUUUAACAUUGAAAAUGCAUAAACCAUCAUAGUUGAAAAAAAAAAAACACACUCAAAAACUCAUUUAAUCUGCUUCAUCAGAUGUGAUUGACAAUAUCCCAAUCAACCCACAAAUUGCCAUCAUAUUUAAACUAAAUUAUUGUUGAAUCCUGAUUUUACUAAAUGUGCUCCGCCCACUUUGAACCAGUUAAAAGAGCAGAAAAGAAGUAAUACACAAAUCUCUAGUGUGAAAUAACUUCUAACAGAAAAUAGUGUACUUUAAUAAGGGAACAAGAUGUGCAUUUAAUCAUUUUAUGUGUAUAAUUUGUGCUGCUGGAGUGGCCUUUAUGAUAAUGUGGUAAUAUCCAAUUAAAACUUGCGCGGCGUUGGAAGUGUUAUGAAAAUAUUACUCGGUCUAACUUAUUAGGAUUGCCAUCAUGAAUUCAACGUAACAAGUCUGAAAGGGGCUUUAGCACAGAAAUUUCCAGGACAAAACUGCUUGCUGUUUAAAGUGUUUUAAGUGGCGCUGAGAACCAUUCCUCACAGGACACUAAAUCAUGUAUUAUGAUGUCAAUCGCGACCAAAGUAUUUCAUACUAAGCCAUGGAGAGUGUGUGAAUGUGUCUGUAGGAGCUGUAGGUCGUGGCCCGUCGCAUUGUUAAUAGUGCUAUCAUGCUGUUGGCAGUAAGAAGAGCCUCACCUGCUGUUGUAGCACCCUGCUGUAGCUCACUGGUACCAGACAGUAUCUGUCUGCAGUCCGCACAACUGUCUUAAUGACCACAAACAAACAGGACCAUAGCAGAUCUAGUCUCACUGGAUCUAUAAUAAAGGCUGGAGCAGGAUGUAGGAUUAUUGCUGCUACUGCAGCGGCAGGGCAGAGUCUGGCUCAGAAUAGGAUGCAGAUGACCAAUACACACACACACACACACACAUAAACACACACACACAUACACACACACUGUAGACCAAUCAUGUUUUCUUUCCUAAAAAAGGCUUGAGUCACUUUUUUUUUUAACCUCUUUGAGUUUGUAUUCUACAUUAUUAUUAUUAAUAUUAUUGUGAGUGUGGAUUCUGAUGAUGGCAGGAUGAUGGUUAUUAUUUAUCACAAGCUAGUUCUAUGUUUGUCUGAGGAUUGAUGGUUACAUUCAGGUAAAUUUAAUACAAAUAUACUGGCGAUGAAGGGAGAGAGAAAUCAAAAGUUGUUUCUUCAAUGCUGCUUUUAUUAUUAUUAUUAUUAUUAUUAUUACUAUUAUUAUUUGUGAUGGUGGUGGUCUCACCUCCUGUUUUCAUCAAUUAGGAUGGGGGAGAAAAGGACCAUUCAGAAAAGUAGUAGAAUGUAUGGACAGAUGGUUCAGUUGAGAUGUCAACAGAUAUGAAAUGUGAAUAAAAGCCAAGUGAAUUUGAAAAAUGUC